GACGUGGCCUACCGGCGCGGCUACUUUGAUCAGAUGUUGAACUUGAUCCUAUUGGACCCUUCUGAUGACACCAAAGGCUUCUUCGACCCCAACACACACGAGAACCUCACGUACCUGCAGCUUCUGGAGCGCUGCGUGCGCGACCCCGAGACAGGCCUGUACCUCCUGCCACUCAGCGGCGUGCAGUCCCCGCUGGUGGAUGGUGCCACCCGGCAGGCCUUCCAGAACCUGCUGCUCUCCGUGAAGUACGGGCGGUUUCGGGGGCAGAGGGUCUCUGCGUGGGAGCUGGUCAACUCUGAGUACUUCAGCGAGGGCCGCAGGAGGCAGCUGCUGCGUGGCUACCGGCGGCGUGAGGUCACACUGGGGCAGGUAGCACGGCUGCUGGAGGCGGAGACGCAGAGACAGGCGGACGUCAUGCUGCCCGCGCUGCGGGGCCAGGUCACCAUCCACCAGCUCCUGGAGGCCCAUAUCAUUGACAAGCACCUGUUGGACCAAGUGCUGGCCAGGACAGUCAGCCCCGAGGCACUCCUACUCAUGGAUGGUGUCCGCAGGUACCUGUGCGGCCUGGGAGCUGUGGGUGGCGUGCGGCUGCUGCCCUCCGGCCAGCGGCUUAGCCUCUAUCAGGCCAUGAGGCGGAAGCUGCUGGGGCCCAGUGUGGCCCUGGCCCUGCUGGAGGCUCAGGCAGCCACCGGAGCCAUCGUGGACCCUCACAGCCUGGAGAGCCUCUCGGUGGACGAGGCCGUGCGCAGGGGUGUGGUGGGGCCGGAGCUGUAUGGCAGGCUGAAGCGGGCUGAGGGUGCCAUCACUGGCUUCAGAGACCCCUUCUCUGGGAAGCAGGUGUCUCUGUUCCAGGCCAUGAAGAAAGGUCUCAUCUCUUGGGAGCAAGCUGCCCGCCUCCUGGAGGCUCAGGUGGCCACGGGAGGGGUCAUUGACCCCACUGGCCACCACCACCUCCCCAUGCCAGUGGCCAUUCAGCGUGGCUGUGUUGACCAGGAGAUGGAGACAGCCUUGUCCAGCUCCUCCGAGACCUUCCCCACACCAGACGGCCAGGGGCGCACCAGCUAUGCCCGGCUCCUGGAGCAGUGCCCCAGGGAUGAGGCUUCUGGCCUUCACCUCCUGCCCCUGCCAGAAAGUGCUCCUGCCCUCCCCACCGAGGAGCAAGUCCAGAAGAGCCUGCAGGCCAUGCCGGGGGCUGAGGAUGGCACAUCCCUCUGGGACCUGCUCAGCUCCUGCCACUUCACUGAGGAGCAACGGCGGGGCCUGCUGGAGGACGUGCAGGAGGGGAGGACCACUGUGCCACAGCUGCUAGCCUCUGUGCAGAGGUGGCUACAGGAGACUAAGCUCCUGGCCCAAGCCCACGUCGUGGUGCCCGGCCCGCGGGGUGAGAUCCCCGCCGUCUGGCUGCUGGAUGCUGGCAUCAUCACCCAGGAGACCCUUGAGGCCCUGGCUCAGGGCACGCAGUCGCCUGCCCAGGUCGCUGAGCAGCCGGCGGUGAAGGCCUGCCUGUGGGGCACAGGCUGCGUGGCUGGUGUGCUGCUGCAGCCCUCUGGGGCCAAGGUCAGUAUUGCCCAGGCCGUGAGGGACGGCCUCCUGCCCACAGGCCUGGGCCAGAGGCUGCUGGAAGCCCAGGUGGCAUCUGGCUUCCUUGUCGAUCCCCUGAACAACCGGAGACUGUCGGUGGAGGACGCGGUUAAGGUCGGCCUGGUGGGCAGGGAGCUGAGUGAGCAGCUUGGGCAGGCCGAGAGGGCGGUGGCCGGGUACCCAGAUCCCUACUCUGGGGGCUCCCUCUCUCUGUGGCAGGCCAUGGAGAAGGGACUCGUGCCACAGAACGAGGGCUUGCCCCUCCUGCAGGUGCAGCUGGCCACAGGGGGUGUGGUGGACCCUGUCCACGGGGUGCACCUGCCCCAGGCAGCAGCCUGCAGACUCGGCCUUCUGGACACACAGAUGAGCCAGGUGCUAACAGCAGUUGACAAGGACAACAAGUUCUUCUUUGACCCCAGUGCGCGGGACCAGGUGACCUACCAGCAGCUCAGGGAGCGCUGCGUGUGCGACUCCGAGACUGGCUUGUUGCUGCUGCCACUGCCCUCAGACACAGCACUUGAGGUGGAUGACCACACUGCAGUGGCUCUUAGGGCCAUGAAGGUGCCCGUCAGCACAGGGAGGUUUAAGGGGUGUAGUGUGUCGCUCUGGGACCUGCUGCUCUCCGAGUACGUCUGUGCUGACAAGCGGCGGGAGCUGGUGGCACUCUGUCGGUCUGGGAGGGCUGCAGCCCUGCGGCAGGUGGUCAGCGUGGUCACUGCCCUGGUCGAGGAUGCAGAGAGGCAGCCCCAGCAGGCCACCUUCAGAGGGCUCCGGAAGCAGGUGUCAGCCAGGGACCUGUUCAGGGCACAGCUGAUCAGCAGGAAGACGCUGGACGAGCUGAGCCAAGGGACGAUGACGGUGAAGGAGGUGGCGGAGAUGGACAGCGUGAGGCAGUUCCUGGAGGGAGGCAAUUUCAUUGCCGGGGUCCUUGUCCAGGGCACCCAGGAGAGGAUGAGCAUCCCAGAAGCCCUGCGGAGGCACAUCCUGCGGCCUGGCACAGCCCUGGUACUGCUGGAGGCACAGGCAGCUACUGGCUUCAUCAUCGACCCCGUGGAGAACCGGAAGCUGACCGUGGAGGAGGCAUUCAAAGCAGGGAUGUUUGGCAAAGAAACCUACGUGAAGCUGCUGUCGGCUGAGCGCGCCGUCACCGGCUACACCGACCCCUACACCGGGCAGCAGAUCUCCCUCUUCCAGGCCAUGCAGAAGGGCCUCAUCGUCCGGGAGCAUGGCAUCCGCCUGCUGGAGGCCCAGAUCGCCACGGGCGGCAUCAUUGACCCCGUGCACAGCCACCGUGUGCCUGUGGACGUGGCCUACCGGUGUGGCUACUUUGAUGAGGAGCUGAACCGCAUCCUGGCAGACCCAAGCGACGACACCAAGGGCUUCUUUGACCCCAACACACACGAGAACCUCACGUACCUGCAGCUUCUGGAGCGCUGCAUGGAGGAUCCUGAGACUGGCCUGUAUCUGCUACAAAUCAUAAAGAAAGGAGAAACCUACGUGCAUAUCAGUGAGGCCAUGAGACACGAGUUGCAAUCUAGAACUGUAAAAAUGCGCGUGGGGAGGUUUGCUGACCAGGUGGUCUCUUUCUGGGACCUGCUGUCCUCUCCAUACUUCACAGAGGACAGGAAGCGGGAGCUCAUCCAGGAGUAUGGAACCCAGAGUGGGGGCCUGGAGAAAUUACUGGAAAUCAUCACCAAGACAAUUGAAGAAACAGACACGCAAAACCAAGGCAUCAAGGUGGCGGCCAUCAGAGGGGAGGUGACAGCUGCAGAGCUGUUCAACUCCGGGGUCAUCGAUCAGAAGACCCUGCAUACACUUCGUGUGGGGAGGACUGGGGGACAAGCACUUAGCACGCUGGAGUGUGUAAAGCCUUACCUGGAAGGCAGUGGCUACAUUGCAGGGGUGAUGGUGCCCUCCACCAGGGAGGUCAUGAGCCUUCAUGAGGCCAGCAGGAAGGAGCUCAUCCCUGUAGGAUUUGCAACUUGGCUGCUGGAGGCACAGGCCGCGACUGGGUUCCUCCUGGACCCCAGCACCCACCAGAGGCUCUCCGUGGACGAGGCUGUGGAUGUGGGCCUGGUGAGUGAGGAGCUGCGGGAGAGGCUCCUGAAGGCCGAAAGGGCUGCCACGGGCUACAGGGAUCCAGCCACGGGAGACACAAUCCCACUGUUCCAGGCCAUGCAGAAGCAGCUCAUUGAGAAGGCAGAAGCACUGAGGUUGCUGGAGGUGCAGGUGGCCACGGGGGGUGUCAUCGACCCACUGCACCACCACCGGCUCCCACUGGAAACCGCCUACAGACGUGGCUGUCUGAAAGAGGACAUCUAUGCGCUCAUUUCUAACCAGAAGCACAUGAGGAAACGGUUUGUGGACCCGAACACGCAGGAGAAGGUCUCCUAUCGAGAGCUGCAGGAGAGGUGCCACCUGCAAGAGGACACUGGCUGGGUGCUCUUCCCAGUGAACAAGGAUGCACGGGACUCCGAAUACAUAGACGACGAGACGAGAAGGGCCCUGGAGGCAGAGCAAGUGGAAAUAACAGUGGGAAGGUUCAGAGGUAAGAAGCCAACACUGUGGGAACUGCUGAAUUCAGAAUACGUGACAGAGGAGAAGAAGCUCCAGCUGGUGAAGAUGUACAGAAUGGACACGAGCCAGGCACUGCGGAAGGUAGCACACCAGAUCUCAGACAUGAUUGAGAAGCAGGAAAACAGCAACAAACAACUGUGGUUCCAAGGAAUUAGAAGACAGAUCACAGCCUCUGAACUCCUCAGCUCAGCCAUAAUCACGGAGGAAAUGCUCCGGGACCUGGAAACAGGGCGGAGCACGACACAACAGCUCAGGGAGGACGACCGCAUCAAGCGCUACCUGGAGGGCACCAGCUGCAUUGCGGGCGUCCUGGUGCCCGCCAAGGACGAGCCCGGCCGCCAGGAGAAGAUGAACAUCUACCAGGCCAUGUGGAAGGGCGUGCUGCGGCCCGGCACGGCCUGCACUGCCCUGGUGCUGCUGGAGGCGCAGGCGGCCACCGCUUCGCUCACUCACCCGUGGCGCAACCCGAGAGGCUGUCCGCGGAGGAGGUCAGUGGCCGCGGGCGUGGUGGGCGGCGAGAUCCAGGAGUAGCUGCUGUCGCCGAGCGCCGUCACCGGCUACACCGACUCCCUAAGCACCGGGCAGCAGAUCUCCCUCUUCCAGGCCAUGCAGAAGGACCUCAUCAACCGAGCAUAUGAUCCGGGCCUGCUGCGCCCAGAUCGCCACGGGCGCGCCAUCGACCUCGCGCACAGCCACCGCGCGCCCGUGGACGCAGCACGGCGCCGCUACUUCGACGAGGAGAACCGCAUCCUGGCGGACCCUUACGACGACACCAAGGGCUUCUUCACCCCACACGCACGGCAGAACCUCACGCACGUGCAGCUGCUGCGCCGCUGCGUGCGCGACCCGGACACCGGGCUCUACAUGCUGCAGCUGGCAGCGGGCUCCGCCGUGCACCAGCUGAGCAGGAGCUGCGCUGGGUGCCUCCUGCGGGACGCCCGGACGCCAGGCUCGGGCGCCUCCAAGGCCAGAGCUGCCUCCGUCUGGGAGCUCCUCUUCUACCGCGAGGUGUCCGAGGACCAGCGCCAGGACCUGCUGAGCAGAUACCGGGCGGGCACGCUGAGCGUGGAGGAGCUGGGCGCCACCCUCACCUCGCUGCUGGCCCAGGCCCAGGCCGAGGCCGAGGCCGGAGGCCCGCGCCCAGUCCGGGAGGCCCUGCGUGCGGCCACCAUGGAGGUCAAGGUGGGCCGCCUCGGGCACGCGGCUCCGUGGUGGGAUGCGGCUGGCGUCCGGCUACGUGAGCGGGCCGGGGAGGAGCUGCUGGCCAAGUUUGGCUCAGGACUCUGGCCUUGCUCCGCAUUCGACCCGCCGCUGACCGCCAUCAUCGAGGAGGCCGAGGAGGCUCCCGGACCCGGCCGGGCAGCUCCAGACGCCGCGCGCGGCCCGCGGGAGCCAGGGCCAGCCGGGCAAGGGACGGCGAGCCGGGCGCCCCGGCCAGGCGAGGGCCAGGGCGAGACCGAGGAGGCCGCUGCCGCCGCCCGCCAAGAGCAGACCCCAAGUGCAGCUACCUUGAUGGAGGUGCAGCGCGGCAGCCCCAGGGGCGGCCGGGUCUCCGUGGAUGUCCUUCCUCGUGACCUGAGCGAGGCCCGCCGAGACGAGCUCCCUGGCUCCAGCACGCGGCCGCGUCCUGGGCCUGCCCGACUCAAGCCGCCGUCCCUCACCCGGGUCAUCGAGGAGACCGAGGAGCGGCUCAGCAAGGUGUCCUUCCGAGGCCUGAGGCGCCAGGUGUCCGCCUCCGAGCUGCACACGCUGGGGGAUCCUGGGCUCGAGACUCCCUGCGGAUCUGGCCCAGGCACUAAGUCGCUGCAGGAGGUGACGGAGAUGGACUCGGUCAAGCGCUACCUGGAGGGCACCAGUUGCAUCGCUGGCGCCCUGGUGCCCGCCAAGGACGAGCCCGGCCGCCAGGAGAAGAUGGGCAUCUACCAGGCCAUGUGGAAGGAUGCAUGGCAUCCGGGCACGGCCCUGGUGCUGCUGGAGGCGCAGGCGCCACCGUUUGCCACACGACCCCGUGGGCGCAACCUGGGAGGCUGUCCGUGGAGGAGGCGUGGCCGCGGCGUGGUGGGCGGCGAGAUCCAGGAGAAGCUGCUGUCGGCCGAGCGCGCCGUCACCGGCUACACCGACCCCUACACCGGGCAGCAGAUCUCCCUCUUCCAGGCCAUGCAGAAGGACCUCAUCGUCCGGGAGCACGGCAUCCGCCUGCUGGAGGCCCAGAUCGCCACGGGCGGCGUCAUCGACCCCGUGCACAGCCACCGCGUGCCCGUGGACGUGGCCUACCGGCGCGGCUACUUCGACGAGGAGAUGAACCGCGUCCUGGUGGACCCCAGCGACGACACCAAGGGCUUCUUCGACCCCAACACGCACGAGAACCUCACGUACGUGCAGCUGCUGCGCCGCUGCGUGCGCGACCCGGACACCGGGCUCUACAUGCUGCAGCUGGCAGGCCGGGGCUCCGCCGUGCACCAGCUGAGCGAGGAGCUGCGCUGUGCCCUGCGGGACGCCCGUGUGACGCCAGGCUCGGGCGCCCUCCAGGGCCAGAGCGUCUCCGUCUGGGAGCUCCUCUUCUACCGCGAGGUGUCCGAGGACCAGCGCCAGGACCUGCUGAGCAGAUACCGGGCGGGCACGCUGAGCGUGGAGGAGCUGGGCGCCACCCUCACCUCGCUGCUGGCCCAGGCCCAGGCCGAGGCCGAGGCCGGGAGCCCGCGCCCAGACCCCCGGGAGGCCCUGCGUGCGGCCACCAUGGAGGUCAAGGUGGGCCGCCUCCGGGGGCACGCGGUGCCCGUGUGGGACGUGCUGGCGUCCGGCUACGUGAGCGGGGCCGCCCGGGAGGAGCUGCUGGCCAAGUUUGGCUCAGGGACUCUGGCCUUGCCCGCACUGACCCGCCGGCUGACCGCCAUCAUCGAGGAGGCCGAGGAGGCCCCCGGGACCCGGCCGCAGCUCCAGGACGCCUCGCGCGGCCCGCGGGAGCCAGGGCCAGCCGGGCAAGGGGACGGCGAGUCGGGGCGCUCCCCGGGCCAGGGCGAGGGCCAGGGCGAGACCGAGGAGGCCGCUGCCGCCGCCCCCCGCCAAGAGCAGACCCUGCGUGGUGCCACCAUGGAGGUGCAGCGCGGGCAGUUCCAGGGGCGGCUGGUCUCCGUGUGGGAUGUUCUCUUCUCCUCGUACCUGAGCGAGGCCCGCCGAGACGAGCUCCUGGCCCAGCACGCGGCCGGCAUCCUGGGCCUGCCCGACCUCGUCGCCGUCCUCACCCGGGUCAUCGAGGAGACCGAGGAGCGGCUCAGCAAGGUGUCCUUCCGAGGCCUGAGGCGCCAGGUGUCCGCCUCCGAGCUGCACACGUCUGGGAUCCUGGGCCCCGAGACCCUGCGGGACCUGGCCCAGGGCACUAAGUCGCUGCAGGAGGUGACGGAGAUGGACUCGGUCAAGCGCUACCUGGAGGGCACCAGCUGCAUCGCGGGCGUCCUGGUGCCCGCCAAGGACGAGCCCGGCCGCCAGGAGAAGAUGGGCAUCUACCAGGCCAUGUGGAAGGGCGUGCUGCGGCCCGGCACGGCCCUGGUGCUGCUGGAGGCGCAGGCGGCCACCGGCUUCGUCAUCGACCCCGUGCGCAACCUGAGGCUGUCCGUGGAGGAGGCCGUGGCCGCGGGCGUGGUGGGCGGCGAGAUCCAGGAGAAGCUGCUGUCGGCCGAGCGCGCCGUCACCGGCUACACCGAC